UCCCUGAGUGAUGAGAUUACAAGCAUGCACCAUGCAUCUAUCUGGUUUACCCACCCGGAUUUACAAGGUGUAGGGUUUCUGCAUGCAAAGAAAACAAUCCACCCCACACCCAUAGCCCCAUCCUGUCUCAGAAAGGGGGGCGAGAGGUGGGGAGAAUGAGGAAGUGUCCUCAAGAAUUGGCGGGAGCUCUUAAGGCGUGGGACAGUGAGGCAGCCUAUAGCUAAUGAUUAACUCAGCAUCUCUAGUCCUGGCAUGAGUCAUUCUGUUCUCUGGGUAAAGUUUUCGCUUAGCUAUUUCAGUUGCAAGUUUUUCUUCCUCCUGCUGAAGGCUGGAGCCUGCCCUUCUGCGGAGGGCCCUUGACCUCGGGUGAUCAGGUUUUAAAACCUGGAUUCUUGGAAUCUCUAGUACACCGUGGCCGGGCGUGGGAACAGGAAGUGAGCGCAGCCCUAGGGACUCGGUCGCCGCGUGGAGCCUCGGAAAGCAAAAGCUAGCAGCGGCCUGCGGCGGGCCUCGUCCCAUAGCCGCUCGCCCGGGGCCCCGGAGCUGUGGCCGCCGGGUCCCGGAGCUGUGAUCCGCGAGCCCCGGAGCUGUGAUCCGCGAGCCGGGACUCUGCCGACAGUCUUGCUGUGUAGCCCUAACUGCCCUGGGACUGCUGUGUGGAGCAAGUAAACUUCGAACUUGUGGUGAUCCCCUUGCUUCUGAGUAUUCAGUGCUGGCAUUACAGGGUCACUACUUUCCUGCCACUUGAACAGAAUGGAUUUCAGAAACUGUCUUUACAAGAUUGCUGAAUGCCUGGUCAGUGAUGAACUGGCUGCCCUCAAGUUUCUGUGCUUGGACCACAUCGCACACAAGAAGCAGGAACCCAUCAACGACGCCCUGGUACUAUUUGAGGUACUACAGGAAAAGGGACUGUUGGAGGAAGGCAAUCUGUCCUUCCUGAAGGAACUGCUUUUCCUCAUCAAACGGCUGGACCUGCUGGCCAACUUCCUGAACAGCAGCAAGGAGGAGAUGGUGAGGGAGCUGCAGGUUCUAGACAAAGCCCAGGUUUCUCCUUACAGGGUCAUGCUUUUUCAGCUCUCAGAAGAUGUAAGCACGAUGGAAUUGAAGUCUUUUAAGUUUUUUUUGAAUAAAGAGAUCCCCAAAUGUAAGCUGAAUGACGAUAACUCGAGCCUGCUUGAUAUUUUCGUGGAAAUGGAAAAGAGGCUCCUUCUGACAGAAAACAACUUGGACAUCCUGAAGUUGAUCUGUGAACAGGUCAACAAGAGCCUGCUGGAGAAGAUUGAGGGUUAUGAAAAUUCAAGCAGAGAGAGAAGAAUGAGCCUCGAAGCAAGGACAGAUUCACCAGUUUCAUUUUUAGAUGGGGAGAGUCACUUCAGAAUGCAGGAAAUGUGGGACUCCCUACAAGAACAAUGUAGCCACUCACAGGUAUCAGACAGAAUUUACCAAAUGAAGAGCAAACCUCGAGGAUACUGUCUGAUCUUCAACAAUAAUGAUUUCAGCAAGGCGCGGAAGGACAUACCCAAACUCCACAAAAUGAAGGACAGGAAAGGAACAAACUAUGAUGAAGAGGCGUUGACUGAGACCUUUAAAGAGCUUCAUUUUGAGGUUGUGCCUUACAGAGACUGCACGGCCAGUAAGAUCCAUGACGUUCUAGGAUCCUACCAAAGCAUGGACCACAAGAACAAAGACUGCUUCGUCUGCUGCAUCCUGUCCCACGGAGACAAGGGCAUCAUCUACGGCACUGAUGGGAAGGAAGCCUCCAUCUAUGAACUGACAUCUUAUUUCACUGGUUCAAAGUGCCCUUCCCUGGCUGGAAAACCCAAAAUCUUUUUUAUUCAGGCUUGUCAGGGGGAUAACUACCAGAAGGCUGUACUUGUUGAGACUGACUUGGAAGAGAAGGACAGCUUCUUAGAUGUGGACUCAUCUCAAAAGAACUAUAUUCCAGAUGAGGCUGACUUUCUGCUGGGAAUGGCUACUGUGAAAAACUGCGUAUCCUACCGAGAUCCCACACAGGGAACUUGGUACAUCCAGUCACUUUGCCAGAGCCUGAGGGAAAGAUGUCCUCAAGGCGACGAUAUUCUCAGCAUCCUGACUGGUGUGAACUAUGAUGUGAGCAAUAAAGACGACAGGAAGAACAUGGGGAAACAGAUGCCUCAGCCCACCUUCACACUACGGAAGAAGUUGUUCUUCCCUCCUAACUGAUGUGUGCUCUACAAGGUUGACAUUGUGUCAGGCUAUGCACUUUUGUUGGGGGGGUGAGUUUUAAUUUAUUUUUUAUGAUUUAUUUUGAGAUAUAAUUUCAUUUACCUCUUCCCUUUCCUCCCUUCAAACCUUCUCACAUAAUCCUCUUUGCUGUCUUUCAAAUUCAUGGCUUUUUUUUUUCAUUAAUUGUUGUUACAUGAAUAUAUAUAUUCUUUUUCAAAAACACAA